CCUCCAGCGAUCCAGUAUCCACGCCCGAGAAAAAAAAGAGAACGCCAGCAGCACGAUAAGACGACGCAGACCGAAAGAGCACGGCGAAUCAGAUGCCUGGAACGGCCGAAUGCCUCACGAAACCAGUUUCCCAAUCACCUGCUGAUCGUGUUCUUUCUCCCCGGGUGAAUGCGAAUCCCCUCCAGUAGUUAUAAACGCAGAGAGCGGGCCAGCCAUUGCAAUUCGCAAGGAAUCUAGUAGCCAUCGGAAUACCAGCCAAAGAUCACCGAGCUCUCUCGAUCAUCUCCGGAGUUCAGGAGGCAUGGCCGACGACCAGCAGCCGCCGGCGCAGCGGUACUGGUUCCCGUACUGGACCGCGCCCCCGCAGCCGCCGCCGCCGCCCGCGCCCGCUCCUCGGCCGGCGGUCCGCCCGCAGCUGUCGAGGCGGGACACCCGCCCGGCGCCCCCGGCGUCGCCGCCUCCUGUAACGCCAUCCCCGUCGCGGCGGCAGUCGCAGCCUCACCCAUCAGCGACGGCGACGGCGCCGGCAUCCAGAGGCGCUGGAGGUGCCCCUUCUCCGCCGGUUCAGCCGCAGCCGACGCGGCUGUCGAGCAGGCCGUCCCCGUCGCCGGCCCGCGCGCCGCCCCUCUCGCCCAUCAGAGAGCCCAACGCUAGUGCAUCUCCGGCGCCGGUUCCGGUACCUGUUGCCAAGGAGCCCAAGCCAGCUGCCACUCCUCAUCCUACUGCCCAUGAAGUUCCCAAGCAAAAAGACAUCACCAUCCCGCAGGAGAAAACCAUCCGUGAACCGCCUGCAGACUCCAAGACACCCAGCAAGGCGGUAGAGAAGGAGCAGGAGAAGGAAAAAGAUAAACAGAAGAAGAAGGAGGAAGACACAGAGAAGAAGGAGAAGGAGAAGGAGAAAGAAAAGGAGAAGGAGAAAGAAAAGGAGCGAGACAAGAAGGAGAAAGAGCACAAGGAGAAAAAGGAGAAGGAUAAAGAAGAGAUCAAAAGCAAAGAGGCAGCCGGCGAGCACAGCCAUGGCAGCAAGCUACACAAGGAGCUCAAAUCGGGCGUCGCGGACAUGGUGCACAAGCUGAGCGCCUCGGCGCCGUCAUCCGGCGGCGGCGACCACGAGCGCCCUGCCUCGGCCGCGGCAGGGACGACGGUCGUCACGCUGGCCGGCGAGAACAAGGGCGCGUCCAUGAAGAUAGACGGCGCCGCGGUGGCCGACGGCAAGGCUGACUCGGCGGCCGGGAAGGAGCGCCGCGGCCACAAGCUCGACGGCAGCGUCGCUGGCGGGAAGUCGCAGGCCCGGGGCAAGGGGCUGACGGCGUUCGUCAACAGCAACGUGCAGGUGAUCAACAACUCGCUGCUGCUGCAGAGCUCCUGCAACAGCGGCGACCCGGGGGUGCACCUCAAGCUGGCCACCAAGUCCAAGAAGAAGGGGGACGGCGGCGAGGAAGCCGGAGGCAAGAGUGGCUCUGUUGCUGCGCCAAAGAAACCGGCGGCGGGGGCGAUGAGGGCGAUCACAGGCGCCGUCGUCUCCUCCAAGUCCUGCUCCCUCAGCAGGGCAGUCAGCGUCCUCGACGAAUUCUACAAAUCCGCCGCCUCCAACCUCCCCUCCGCCGACUGCGCCACUUACCUCCUCACCGCCGCCGAAGCCACCAGGGAGCACAUGCUCUUCCGCCGCGUGCUCCGUGCUAAUCAGCAGCAGGGUGCGGCCAAUCUCGAGGCCUACGACUAUGAUGGCGAAAGAGAGCACCAGGACCGGGAGAGGAAAGGGGACACGGCUGCUCCAACUGGUGGUUCCCACCGCGAUUCCGCUGCGGAGGUGGAGCUAGACGCUGCCGCCGGCGAGAAGAAGAGCAAGAAGAAGAAGAAGAAUAAAGAGGAUGGCCAGCAGGGCAGAGCUGUUGCUGGCGUUGAAUCGCACAUUCCCUCUUCACCAGAAAUUGGCAAGGAGAAGAGGAAGGAGAAACAUUCAAUUAAGGAAAUCACUGCCCAUGUGAAGCAGGAGCCAGUGGACAAAGAAUUGUUGAGUGAGAAGAACAAGAAGAAAAAGGAGAAGGGUCGUGUAAAACUAGAAGAGGAAGUGAGAGAUGUGGAUGAAGUGGGCACAAAAAUUGUCAACGACGGUUGGUUAGACCAAAAUGUUGCCGGUGGGGAGAAGAAAAGGAAGAAAAAGAAGCAUGAAGAGGAAAUCAGCUCCAAGGUUGUGAAGCAGGAGGAGAAAAUGGUCAGUGAUGGUGAUCCGGACAGCGAGAAGAAGAGGAAAAAGAAGAGGGGGAGAGGUGACAAUGAUGAUAACAUGCAGGAGCAAGUAGAGCAUACAAAGAAGAAGCAACGGAAGUAA